UUAUUAUUGGAGUACAUCUAAUCCUGAUCCAAUUUCUAUAGCAGGAAAUGACCAUACUUUGGGUUUUGUUACCGGUAGAUCUGCUCAAUUGCAUGGUGCUGCCUAGACAAGUGCUUCACCCUGCUCGUCAGCAUCAAUGAUAUUUCCGCCAGCCCUAGGCGUGCCUUCAAAUGCUGAGUGGAAUGGGUAUCAGCUACGGUCUACGCAACAUCGGCUAGGAGUUUACCCACACCUCCAGCAUUUGCAAUGAUCAACCCAGUAUCCGAGACCAAUUUCUAUGCCCCGUACCAACAACAAAUGCCAAUUGAUGAAUAUCCUCAGGGACUUGGUCAGCCUGACUGCUGUUACUUCCUGAAAACUGGAGACUAUAAAUACAAACGUAAUUGUAGAUUUAACCAUCCUAAGCUUCAAAGUUCCAAGUCAACGUCAUGUGCUCUUAGCAACAAGGCUUUGCCUCUGAGACCUUUAUGUGAUCGAAGAAGAAUGAACAACAACUAUUGGUUCUCAGUGGUUUCUUUCAAAAGUUGCUCAUUCACUUCUGGGGCGAGUACAAAUGACAGAAAGUUGUUAUUUUUGGUUAAGUUAAAAUAUGUAUUUAUCAGAGUCAUGGAAGUUCAAGCAUUUUGUAAAGAUGGCAUAACUGGGCACGUUAAUUUUAGAACUGUCCACCGCGCAAGUGCGCGGUGA